UUCUAGAUGUAUAUAUUAUUCUUCUAAUAUCUUUUGCUAAUAUCUUUUGAAACUUACAGGAAAACAGAUUUGAUAACCUUGAUUUUGAUUUGGAUUUGAUGGCAUGGGAGACAGGCAUUUGGGACAUCAACAACCAGUUCUGUACAGUUAAAGAUAUUAAGGCAGAGCCUCUGCUGCUUUCUCCGGCCUCCUCCAGUGGCGCAGUGUCACCUCCACAGUCAGUGGACUCCUGCUCUUCAACUCAGCAUGUCCCCGAGGAGCUGGAUUUGUCUUCCGCCUCCCAGAUGUCUCCCCUUUCCCUCUAUGGAGAAGGUGCCAAUGGUCCCUGCUCAGCUGAGCCACCGAAAGAUGACCAGCCCCUCACGGGUCCCAGGAGCAAACCCGAAAAUGGACUGACUCCAAAGAAAAAACUUCAGAUGAAUUCCAAACCUUCAAUUCAGCCCAAGCCCUUAUUGCUCCCAGCAGCACCCAAGACUCAAACCAACGCUUGCGUUCCGGCGAAAGCCAUCAUUAUCCAGGCGCUGCCCACACUGGUGCCAGUGGCCAAGCAUCAGCCGGUUAUCAGGAUACACCCUGCACCCACGGAAGGUCAGACCGUGGUGCUGUCUCAGCCUGCCGUGGUACAGCUGCAGGCACCCGGGGUCCUGCCCUCUCCCCAGCCUGUCCUGGCGGUCAGUGGAGGAGCUGCACCGCUGCCUAAUCACGUGGUCAGUGUGGUACCGGCCCCUGUGGCCAGUAGCCCAGUAAAUGGAAAACUUUCUGUGGCUAAACCUGCCCUGCAGAGUACUGUGAGAAGUGUGGGUUCAGAUAUGGCUGUGCUGAGGAGGCAGCAGCGGAUGAUCAAGAACCGGGAGUCGGCCUGCCAGUCCCGCAAGAAGAAGAAGGAGUACAUGCUGGGGCUGGAGGCGCGGCUGCAGGCGGCCCUGUCCGAGAACGAGAAGCUGAGGAAGGAGAACGGCACGCUGAAGCGGCAGCUGGACCAAGUGGUGUCCGAGAACCAAAGGCUUAAGGUCCCUAGUCCGAAGCGAAGAGCCAUCUGUGUGCUGGUGCUGUUGGCGUUUGUCUUCCUGAACUAUGGACCCAUCAGCAUGUUGGAGCAGGAUUCCAGGAGAACAAAUCCUAGUGUGAACCCUGCAAAUCAAAGGAGGCAUCUUCUCGGAUUUUCCGCUCAGGAGGUGCAAGACCCACCCGACGGCAUCAUCCGGAAAGACAGCCGCAGCUAUGACCAUUCUGUCUCCAACGACAAAGCCCUGAUGGUGCUGAGUGAGGAGCCAGUGCUGUAUCUCCCGCCCCCUCCAUGUCGGCCACUCAUCAACACCACAGAGUCCCUCAGGUUAAAUCAUGAACUUCGAGGCUGGGUUCACAGACACGAGGUGGAAAGGACCAAGUCGAGAAGAAUGACGAACACUCAGCAGAAAACACACAUUCUUCAGGGCGCUCUGGGACAGGGCUCUGGCUCUCAGCUCGUGGCUGUCCAGUACACAGAGACCACCAGCAUCAGCAGGCCCUCGGGGAGGGAGCUCCAAGUGUACUACGCCUCCCCCCGAAGCUACCAGGACUUCUUCGACGCCAUCCACAGGCGGGGAGACACGUUUUACGUCGUGUCGUUUCGAAGGGAUCACCUGCUGCUACCAGCGACCACCCAUAACAAGACCAGCAGACCAAAGAUGUCCAUUGUAUUGCCAGCAAUAAACAUCAACGAGAACGUCAUCAACGGGCAGGACUACGAGGUGAUGAUGCAGAUCGACUGCCAAGUGAUGGACACCAGGGUCCUCCACAUCAAGAGCUCCUCGGUGCCGCCCCCGCUCCGAGCCGAGCAGCAGAACCAGACCGGCUCCCUCAGCUCGCCGCCCGCAGCCGCCGAGACCGCCCGCCUGCUCAGCACCCUCCCGGGCUCGCUGCAGUAGCACCCGCAGCCUGGGAGCCGCGGGGGCCGAGGGACCCCGAGCCGCACAGGUGCC